UAAAUGUUUUAGGUUCGUUCACCUACACGUUGCUGGUUCUUAUUUUCUCAAUUUGUGGAUCAUUGUCCAAAAACGAAACCAAUAAUAAUUCGAGGCAGAAAAGACUUUUUAGUCUUUUCAACAUCGUCACAUUCACGAAUGACGCCUGCAUUACAACUGGAGCGGGGAACCUGGGUGGAACAUGCUUUACUUCCAGUGAGUGCAAUGCCAAAGGCGGAUCUGCGUCCGGGAAUUGCGCUGCAGGAUUUGGCGUGUGUUGUCUUUUUAGUGUGAGUGGGGCUUGCAAUGCUGCCCAAACGGUUUCACAGAAUUGCACUUACAUCAGGAACAACGGUUUUCCCUCUCCUGACUCCACUGUGAGCGAAACAUGCACCUACAACUUUAACAGGAUUCGUGACAAUCUGUGCCAAAUUCGGUUGGACUUUGACUCGCUGAUUACUCAAGACAUGACCAAUGGGGCUUGCGGAACGACGGCGGAUGCCGUGAGAGUGUCCAGCCCUUUCUCCUCGUCAGCAAAUGCGUUUCCGCCUACCAUUUGUGGAACUUUAACGGGGCAACAUAUGUAUUUCGAGACUGGCGAUUCUGGAAUUGCGGGUGCAUUGACCAUUGCGAAAGGAUCAGGGACAGGGAAUCGAAACUACCAAAUCAAAGUGACGUACCUAACGUGUGAUAAUUUAGCCAGGGCCCCUGCUGGAUGCACCCAAUACUUCACCGGCUUGAGUGGAAAUUUUCAAUCCUAUAACUUCCCAGGCGGUCAACUUUUACAAGCCAUGAACUACAACAACUGUUUCCGUCAAGAAGAAGGAUAUUGCCAACUUCAAGUCCGUGAGGCAGCUAGUACCAUUCCCGACACCUUCCAACUGUCUGGAACCGAUGAAACAUCCGAAACUACAUGCACCACGCUAAGCUCCAUCAUCCUGACCACACCUAAUGUUGGCACCUUCUGCGGCGGUAGCUUGAAUCCUGUGGCUGGCAAUAUGAUUCCUGCAGUGGUUACUUCUUCUCCCGGCACAAGUUUUCAAGUGGGCCUUCAGACUUUAACCACUGACCUCUCUGAUCUCACAGGCUUCAACCUUGACUAUAACCAGGUUCCAUGUGCAUGAAAAUACAACAUGGCAUAUCUUUAACUCCAUACCUUAAUAUAAUAGUGGAUGUAAAAGACAGUUUUGUCAUUUAGCCUAAAAUUGUCUCAUCAUAAGUAUAAUCAUUUUGUUGAAAAUAAACGCAGU